CUGAUCACCCGGCUGGCAAUGGCCUGAGCCGAUCCCUUAGGAGAUCCAGCGCUCCUGCCCUGCCUGCCCGACCAGCCCUGCCUCCUCGCCACCCUGCUCCCAUUUCGCCUGCACAAUGCCAGCUGUACGGCGUAGCCCCUUCCUACACUAGGGGGGCUCUGCUGGGGAUGUGAGCCGGCGGGCAGGGAGAGCCAUUGUGGGGAAGAGGAGCCAGCCAGAGGAGGCCGAGCGAGGCUAUGAGGUGUGGGCGACCGGAGAAGGCUCCUCGCUGAACCAUGAUGAAGACGGAGCCCCACGCCGCCAGCCCCGGCAACAGCAGCAGCGGCAGCCUGAGAAGCGCCUCUCCCCACAGGAACGCCUACGAAGCGGGGAUCCAGGCCCUCCGAGCCACAAAGGAUGCCCUUGGGGCCGCCGAGAGCGAAGAAGCCAAGAAGGCCAGGAACAAGAAGUAUGGCUCCAACGUGCACCGGAUCAAGAACAUGUUCCUGCAGAUGGGGACCGCCCCGCCGGGCGAGGGCACCUGCGACCUGGCCAAGGUGAAGGAGAAGCCCGUCCGGCUUUCCUUGCCCAGGGCCAGCAGCCUGAAUGAGAACGUGGACCACAGCGCCCUGCUGAAGCUGGGCACCAGCGUGUCGGAGAGGGUGAGCCGCUUCGACUCCAAGCCCGACAAGCCGGUCUCCAAGCUCCAGGAGACCCGGAAGAUCUUCGAGCGGAGCCUUCAGGAGAAGGAGACCACCAACAAGCUCUUGCUGAGGAAGGAGAGGGCCGGCUUCCAGGACAGGAAGCUGGAUGUGGUGGUGAGGUUCAACGGCAGCACGGAGUCCCUGGACAAGCUGGACACGGAGGCCGUGUCGCCCACCGUCAGCCAGCUCAGCGCCGUCUUCGAGAAGGCCGACCUGAGGAAUAACCUGCACAAAACCCCCAGCAAAGUUGGGCCCCUCAACUCCAAGAUCGUCAGCAAGAGGUCCCGGGUCUUUCUCCAGGGUCCGGAAGGGGGCAAAGCGGAAGCCAGGGGGGGCGACGGGCCGGCUCCCCAACUGAGAGGCGACAAGGCCCAACCCAAACCGGUCGCACCCAGGCCGGGCGAGAAGGACGCCAUGGGCCCACGGGCCCAGAGCGUCCAGGAGGUGCGGAAGAUCAAGCCGGUGGAGGUGGAGGAGAGCGGGGAUUCGGAGCAGGAGUUCGAGGCCGCCGAGCAGGCGGAGGAGAGGGCGGCUGAGCAGGACAAGAGCAAGAGCUUGGCGUCUGGGCCCGAGAGGGCCGAGAUGAUCCAGGCCGAGGUGACGGUGCACGCGGCCUUGGAGAACGGCGGCCUGGCUGCGGAGAAACACGGGCAGGGCCCAGAAGUGGACGCCUACCCCGAGGAGGAGGGCAAGGCCGAGGGGCAGGAGGAGGCCGACCUGGGCGAUGAGUCCAAGAAGGAGGACUUCUCGGAGGCCGACCUGGUGGACAUCAGUGCAUACAGUGGGCUGGGGGAGGACUCGGGGGGGAGCGGGCUGGACGAGGACGAGGAGGCCGAUGGGCUGUAUGAACCCGAGUCGAGCUGCGUGGAGAUCCCCGGGCUGUCGGAGGAGGAGGAGCUGGCGUCCAACCGCAAGAUCCAGUUCAGCACGGCUCCCAUCCAGGUGUUCAGCACCUAUUCCAACGAGGACUACGAUCGCCGGAACGAGGAUGUGGACCCCAUGGCUGCCUCGGCCGAGUACGAGCUGGAGAAGCGGGUGGAGAGGCUAGACCUCUUCCCUGUGGAGCUGGAGAAAGACUCCGAGGGGCUGGGCAUCAGUAUUAUCGGGAUGGGCGCCGGAGCGGACAUGGGCCUGGAGAAGCUCGGCAUCUUUGUCAAGACGGUGACGGAUGGGGGAGCGGCUCACCGGGACGGCAGGAUCCAGGUGAAUGACCUCAUCGUGGAGGUGGACGGUACCAGCCUGGUGGGUGUGACCCAGAGCUUCGCGGCCUCCGUGCUGAGGAACACCAAGGGUAGAGUCCGGUUCCUGAUCGGGCGGGAGAAGCCGGGCGAGCAAAGCGAGGUAGCUCAGCUGAUCCAGCAGACGCUGGAGCAGGAGCGGUGGCAGCGGGAGAUGAUGGAGCAGAGAUACACCCAGUACACGGAAGAGGAUGAAGAAACGGGCGAAUAUGCCACGGACGAGGACGAGGAGAUGAGCCCCAUGUUCCCCGGCAGCGAGAUGGCCAUCGAGGUCUUCGAACUGGCUGAGAACGAGGACAUGCUGUCCCCUGUCGAGAUGGACCCCGAGAAGCUGGUGCACAAGUUUAAGGAGCUCCAGAUCAAACACGCCGUCACUGAGGCCGAAAUCCAGCAGCUGAAGAGGAAGCUGCAGUCCAUUGAGCAAGAGAAGGCUCGCUGGCGAGCCGAGAAGGCCCAGCUGGAGCAGAGCGUGGAGGAAAACAAGGAGAGGAUGGAGAAGCUGGAGGGUUAUUGGAUGGAGGCCCAGAACCUGUGCCAGGCAGUGGAUGAGCACCUGAAAGAGACUCAAGCCCAGUACCAGACCCUGGAGCGGAAAUACAGCAAGGCCAAGCGGCUCAUCAAGGAGUAUCAGCAGAAGGAGAUCGAGUUCCUCAAGAAGGAGACGACCCAGAGGCGUGUGCUGGAGGAGUCGGAGCUGGCCCACAAGGAGGAAAUCGACAAGCUCCAGGAGAAGAUCUCCGAACUGGAGGGGAAGCUGGGAGGUGAACCUCGGGGGUACGCAGGACCAAUCACGCUCCUGCAAGGGGCCCAGCGGUCUGGGAAGGUGGAGAGCCCCUGCUCUGCCCGCUACGUCACUCUGCCUCCUGCCUGCCCGGGCGUCGCUGCCCAAGUCUUUCUCAACACGGCAGUUGGCAGAGCAGUGCCUGGCACCCAGGGCGGCUUCCGGAGCCGUUGCUCUUUGCUGGGCCGCAGGGAGGGCCGGAAACACGAGCUGGAAGAGAGCUCUCCUGCCUGUUAUGCCCGGCUGUUUGACAUUGGCACUGGGAGUGAGAGUGGCUGGCAUGGGGACCGCUGCCUCACACUGCCCUACUUUCUGCAGUCGGCCCCAGGGAAUGGCUACACGGGGCCAGGUCAGCACUGCAUCACCACACCAGCCGCGCUCCCGGCCAAGCCAAGCCAGCAGAUGGGAGACACGGCCAAGGCUGCAUCCUCCUUCCCUGACUUCAAAUCAGGCUGCCUGAGCUGCUUCCGGGUUCCUAGACGCCUCUGGAGCCCAGCAUGGACGCAAUCGGACGGGGCUAAGGAUGCCAGGGUGCCGUGGAGCUGCCCUGCCAUGUCGUCCUCCAAACGCCGAGACGCAGACGAGGUUUUCGAUUUUAAUGAUGUGAUUCCAGAGACCCAGAGGCUGGACAGCAGUUUGCAGAAGGCCCGAGCCCAGCUGUCGGCCAAGGGCAGGCGGCACCGCCCGUCCCGGUCCCGCUUGAGAGACAGCGUCAGCUCGGCGGAAGGGGAUGAGAGCCUGGAGAGGAAGGUGGCCGAUAAAUAUGGCAGCCCGCGGCACCGUCUGAGAUCCCCGCUGCAUGCCACCCUGCAGGUCUCCUCUCCCCUCUCCGGCUCCUCCCCCUUCCUCCGCGCCACCGAGUUCUCCUUCGACGCCUCCGUGGUCAGGAGGACACUGGAGGAGGACGAGCAGCCUUCGUCCCCGCUGAUCCGCUACCGGCCCCUGACCAACGCUUCCUCCCAAGAGGCCUUGGGAUGCCUCCCCACCAGCUCGCCCCCCAAGUCGUGCCACAGCUCGGACAGCUCGCCCAUCUACACCCGGAGGGACCGCCGGGCCGAGCGGCACAGCGAAGAUGACACAAGCCCGUCAGAGCCCGCCAGCCCCACCAUCGGGCUUGACAAGAAGACCCGGAGGAAGUUCCUGGAUUUGGGGGUGACCCUGAGACGAGCCUCUUCCAGCAAAAGCAGGAAAGAGAAGGGGAGCAACCGGUUGUCCAUGGGGAGCAGGGAGCUGGCGGAGGGCUCCAGCCGCUCGUCCGUGUCCCCGUUCAUGCCCUUCUCCUGGUUCAUGGACAGUGGGAAGGGCUCGGCCUCGUCCGGCAGCACCGUCUCCCCGACCCGCUCACCCAAGAGGGAGGGCUUAAGCCCCAAGAAAUCUGCCUCCCAGGACUCCACCCUGAGCGACGACUCCACCCCACCCAGCAGCAGCCCCAAGACGCUAAGCAGCGGUGCCAGCGAGACGAAAUGCUCCUACCCCUACCACACGCUGUCCCAGUCCUCCGACGAGUUCCUGGACGAGCCCCUCAGCGCCGCCACCAGCUGGAGCAGCCAGCAAGUGGGCCAGUGGCUGGAGAGCCUGAACCUGGAGCAGUACGUGGGCGAGUUCGCAGCCCGCGAGGUGGACGGGCAGCAGCUGCUGCAGCUGGAUGGAGCCAAGCUGAAGGCCCUCGGCGUCAGCAGCUCCACCGACCGGGCCCUGCUGAAACGGAAGCUGAAGGACCUGAGCGUGGCGGUGGAGAAGGAGCGGAAAGCCCAGGAGAAGGUGGAGAAGCAGAGGGAGAAGCAGAAGCAGAAGAAGAAAGAGCAGGAGUUGCAGCGGAGGAGUUAGGGAGGGCGAGUUGGCACACGGCUCCCGGCGCGGGGAGGGACAGAAGGAGACCGCCCCCGCCCAGGCGAGGGGGAAUCGGGCGUACGGACCGGGAGAGACACCGGACCCCACAGGGGAUCAGCCCAGGUGCCAGUCUUUGGCUUGGGACGGCACCGCCACGGAGCCCGGACCUUCCAGCCGCCUCCUGGAUCCCUGCUAGCCCCAGUAGACAAGCAAACCCCUCCCCCACGCUGCCCAUCCACUCCGCCACGCACGGGGCUCCUGGCACUGCUGGACCCGGCCCCACAGCUGGCUAGCGGUUGGCACCCGCCCGUGGGCUGCAGCUGACGCGGCUUCCCCCUCCCGGCUUCCCUGCUGACCUCCGUCUGCUCCCGAUCGGUUCCAGUCACCGAGGCGCCUUCCUGCUCCAUGCUGAUCGGCUGUCCUACCUCACCGGCCCCCCGUUUCCCUUAGCCCAUGGGCACCACUGCUGCUCCCCACUCCCUCCUGAAAAUGACGGCUCGGCCCCGAUGGGCCCGCAGGACGAAGAUAGUGCAUGGCGUUACCCCUCCCCCACCCACAAGCGAUCCCGGGUUGCGCUUGGGGUCCCCGGGCACCCUCCAGGGGCCAGGAUCGACACAGCCCGGACUAGCAGGGCCCGGCCAAUUUAUUCCGAGAGCACAGACACCGACCCAGGGAGAAACCACGAAGGAAAUAAAACCGAUUGCAACCA